AGCCGCAUGCACGCGCUCGGCGGGGUAGGCAGCAUGGCCCGGGCGACGCGCUAGCAGGACGCGCCUGCCCCACUAAAACUUGCAGACAGGCGCGCUGCACGCUGGGCUGGGUCGACGUCCGCCGCACUCGCCUGCCCGCGCACCGUCGCCGACGCACGCCACGAUGCGAUUGACCGUCAAGGUGCUGCCGCUGACGGCGGCCAACGCGCCGGGGCCCUACCAGGCCGAAGCACUCGCGGCCUUCCAGCAGCGCGUGUUUGCGCUGCCCGUCGACGCCGCCGACACCUUCGAGCUCGUGUGGCGCAAGAUCGAGGACCGCUACAAGAACAACUACCUUGCCCCGCAGCACGUCGCCCUCUUCGCCAUCAAGAAGCUGCAGGACGGCCGCGAUUGCGACCUCGACCUGACCGACACGGUGGGAUCCAUCUUCGCUGACGAGGCCGUGGCCGACCGCGUCGUCAAGGUCGUCCCGAGCUUCGCGAACCGCCUCUUCUCCAUGCCCCCCGACACCAACCUGCGCCCGAACCCCCACAAGCGCUCCAGGUUUCCGAGCGACGCCCCCGCCAACAAGCGCCCCCGCCAGCACCCGCCGUCUGCCCAGGUCGACAUGGACGCCGUUGCUGAUGGGCCCGUCCCGUCAGUCGAAUCCGACGGCGCCCGGGCACACAGAUCGCACACCGGCGGCUCCGUGACUCUACUGAGCGCGGCGCGGCGCGGCCAACCUCAAUUCACCACGCAUAUAAAGUCUGAGUCUCCCGAGCUCGGGGCUAUCACGUCGCCAGGUGCUUUGAAGAAACCGGCACAGCAGUCGUACGACAUGCCUGUCAACACCCCAGACAGACCUUCGUCUCAAGCAGUCAGUACCAUCCCCCGUCCAAGUCCGUUCCCGAAGCUGAAACGUCGUCAACAGCGCCACUCCAAUCAGAAGUCAAGUGAAUCCAGGACCACUCAAUCAACAUCUGCAUCGACGCCGUAUGGCAAGCUGAAAAAGUCUGAGCUCCGAGAGCUACUUCUGACCCGUGGUCUAAAGACCCAGGAGAAUGGUAAACGAAACAAAGAUGACUUGGUACAGCGCCUGCUCGCGUAUGAUGCGCAGGUCGAUGACACUACCAUUCAGGAGACUCCUCAAGGCAAGGGACGACCUGUGGAGAGGAAACAUGUUUCACCGAAGAGUACGGAAAAGAUUGCCAUUGAAACACUCCGAGGACCCCCCAACCAUGAAGUCAAUGCCAGCUCUUCAAACAGGCCAGACUGGGACAAACCAUCUUCAAACAAGCCAAACUCGAAACUACCGUCUCCAAGCAAGCCGAGUUCAAAAAGUCCAUCUUCGAGCAGGCCAUCUCCAAGCAAGCCGAACUCGGCAAGCUCGUCACCGACCAGGCUGAACUCAACAAGCCCAUCCCCGACGAGGCCGGAUUCGAACAGGUCGUCUCCACUUGCGGCACGAGAACCAGCUCAAUGGCUGGCCAAGUCGCCGUCACCGCAUCGGCUUGAAAGUGAUGCAGAUUCUGGAGAGUCCAGAGCGUCAUCUUGUUCACAAUCCCCGGUCGACAAUCUGAAUGGGGACACGGCUAUGGAUCAGGAUACCAGCGAUUCGGAGAGUAAUACGAAGUCGGACGAAGAUGGAGAAGUCAACGGAGAUGGCAAAGUAGAUGAAGAGGACGAAGUUGACGAGGAGGGCGGAGUCGAAGAGAAGGCGGAAGUUGACAAGCUCGACGUGAACCGGAGUCCUUCUCCAGCGGAUCUGGGUGCUCCCCCUUCAGCCCAGCUCUUGCGAUCCUCUGUGGUCCCUGACACACCGUCUUCAUCGACGCAGCUACCCGCAUCACAGCCCCCGCCGCGAUCAGUACAAUCCAAUGGCGGGAUCAAUGCAUGGUUCACUUCGGCAUCCCAACCGCUUGUGCGCUCAGGCCAGGCUAGAUCACAGCCCCCGUCAGCAUCGCAGCCCGUCCUUCCGAGACGCGGCCCGCGGAACACAGGGAUCUUCAGCUCCCUGAAAGAGAUGCUCAAGCAAACUCGCGAACAGCCCAAUGAAGUGUCCCCAGUCCACCAGCCCAAGCGGAUGGAGUUGAAAGCCACGGAUCUAGGGAACACGAGCCAGAAGAAGCUACCUUCUGCGCUGGAGCAGGACAGCGAGGACGAUAAGAGUCAAGACAGUCGCAGCAGCAGUAGUGACGAGGACUCAUAAGUGCGUAAAGCAUGGGUUGGACAUGCCACUGUUAUCGAACGUCAUCAAACCGGUGU